CUGUCACUCAGAACUGAGUAGCCCCGCCCCUUGGCUUCACGGACUGGCUGUUUGGCCAGAACGAGGAUUUUCACGAAAACGUCGACCGCAGAUUGCGCAGCAGAUCCGAGCGGAGGCACCGUGAGAGCGGCUGCAGCUGCGUGACAGCUCCGUGGAUGGCGCGUUUAAACUUCAUGACGUUCGCCCGCGAAGAGAGACGUUGAGGAGACGAUGUCAGUCAUUUGAUGUCCGAGACGGGGCCGCAGAAGUGGACUCCCUCCGCUGUUCCUUCUUCCCUUCGCCGCAGCCGGGGGCCGUUAACGGCCGAUGGGGGCUGACGGGACCUUGCAGCGAGCUGGUGGCCCGGAGCGUCACCUGUGAGGCGUCGACGCUUCGCCGCGGGACGCGUUGGAGGCAGAACCCCCACGCCGCACCGAGUGGACGUGGGGCUGUUUUUUUUUUUUUUCAAACUGCUAAUUGGACAACUUUCCGGGAGGGGAGGAAAAAAGUUAGCAACUCCACGUUAGCUGCACGAGCCGACCCCCCCCGUGCGCGCGCGCGCGCACCAUGACCACCACGGACACCAGAGCGGCCGCGCACGCGCCGUCACCCCGUUAAUGGACUUGACGCGUCCGUCCUUCCUCGGCGGUCUGUUGCUGCGAAGCCCCCCAGGUUAACUUCCGAGGACCGUGGCGUGGCUCUGCGUGGGUUUUAUCCCGUGUUUUUUUUUUUUUUUCUCGUGAAAACUUUCGCCUUCCCCGCUGACCAACAUGUCUCUGAAAGAAAACGCCUGUCGGAAGUUUCAAGCCAACAUUUUCAACAAAAGUAAAUGUCAGAAUUGCUUCAAACCCAGAGAAUCACAUCUGCUGAACGACGAAGACUUAAGUCAGGCUAAACCCAUAUACGGAGGAUGGCUGCUGCUGGCACCUGAAGGGACGAAUUUUGACAACCCCUUGCAUCGAUCUCGAAAAUGGCAGCGGAGAUUCUUCAUCCUUUACGAGCACGGCUUACUUCGCUACGCUUUGGACGAAAUGCCCAGCACUCUGCCCCAGGGUACCAUCAACAUGAACCAGUGCCUGGACGUCAUCGACGGCGAGUCCAGGACGGGUCAGAAGAACUCCCUGUGCAUCCUCACCCCGGAGAAAGAGCACUUCAUACGGGCCGAGUGCAAAGAAAUCAUCAACGGGUGGCAGGAGGCUCUGACUGUUUAUCCCAGAACCAACAAGCAGAACCAGAAGAAAAAGCGCAAGGUUGAUCCUCCCACUCAGCAGGAUGGAGUAACUCAGAGCCCGCGUUUUUCCACUGAGGACAUGAAUGGACACUCUGAGCCGGGCCCGGCCAAGGUGACGGUGACGAGCAGCAGCAGCAGCGGCGGCGGCAGCAUACCGUGCCUUCCCAGCAGCAUCGCCAACGCCGAGCAGAUCCCGAUGAGCCGCGCCACGCUGUGGCAGGAGCAGAGCCGCUGGAGCAGGGCGACCAUCCCCUGCAGCCGCAGCGCCUCCUGCCUCAGCCAGCUGAGCCAGAGCCAGCCGGACUCCAGCGUCAACACCCGCGACGAUGGCAGCACAGUGAGCACAGGCAGGAAAGUACGAGUGGAAAGUGGUUAUUUUUCUCUGGAGAAGACCAAGUCAGAACCUGCUCCGCCGUCUGCACAUCAUACCCAGCCACCCCAGCAUCUGCCCCUGACCUCCUCAGCAUCGUCCUCCUCCGCAGGAGCUCCCGCUUCCAGGUACAACUCAGAGUCUGAAUCCCCGCUUUCCCCUCACCGUCCCUCCCAAGACCCUCUCCCCUCUCCAAAAGCUCUCACUUCCCCGAGCUGCUCCACCAUCAGCUCCUCCCAGAGCUCGCUGGACUCUGAGCCCAGCAGCAGGGCUUCACCCACCUGGGAGGGGCGUGGUAGCGGCGCUGGAGCUGGAGGCAGCGCUCGCAGCAUCAGCGGCGGUGCAGGCAGAGCCGGCCGGUCCGGCAGGGAGUACACGGCGCUGUCCGACGUGCCUCGGGCUCGGAUACUGAGCUACAAGGAGGCCUUCCGCUCUGAGAAAUGCCGCCAGGAGCUGAGGGCGCGCACGCGGAGUCCUGGGAGGGAGGAGGUGGAACGGCUGUUUGGGGAAGAGCGCAGGCGAUCUCAGAUCAUUGGUCGGUUUGAGGAGAACCAACCUGUGGAGAGUAUGGAUACCAGCGGCGGCCAUGACGCCUCCGCUAACACGACGGCACACCAGAGACAAGGCCGGAGCGAGAGGCGCUAUCUGGAGGGCAAACACGAGAUGUCACUGGAUACAGGAAAAGACUGCUUGGCGCCAGAUGUGUCCAGCUCUAAUUUCCUCAACCUGAGAAGAGCAAAGUCUCUGGACCGCAGAGCCACAGAGUCUUCAAUGACUCCGGAUUUGCUGAACUUUAAAAAAGGAUGGAUGACGAAGCUGUAUGAAGACGGAGUGUGGAAGAAACACUGGUUCGUGCUGACCGACCAGAGUCUGAGGUACUACAAGGACUCCAUAGCCGAGGAGGCCUCAGAGCUGGACGGUGAGCUCGACUUGUCCACAUGUUACGACGUCAAAGAGUUUCCCGUCCAGAGGAACUACGGCUUCCAAAUCCUGAGUAAGGACGGAGCGUGCACCCUGUCAGCCAUGACCUCAGGAAUCCGUCGCAACUGGAUUCAGGCCAUCAUGAAGAAUGUGCGACCCACCAUCGCCCCCGACGUCACCCGGAAAAACAUCUCUCUGAAACUAUCCGUUCUGAAGCCCAGGUCUGAUGAAAACACGAAAGGCCCCGUGAUGUUGGAGCCGUGUCCGCAGGUCGUCCCCGAACCCAAGCCCGAGGACGCCAAGCAGUCAGCAGGCGCCAACGCCGCCGCUCCUCCGUCUGAGCCGCGCAGGAAAGGCGUCCGCGAGCGCCGGCGAGAGGGUCGCUCCAAGACCUUCGACUGGACGGAGUUCAAAGCCGAAAAGAAGGAAAAGCCGGCGAAGGAACGGGCGGACACAGUCGACCUCAGCUCAACGAUCUCUACCACCUCUUCCUGCUGCUCGCCCUCUUCCUCCGCCUCCUCCCUGGCCUCCUCUCCCGCGUCUUCCUCCUCCCUGCACACCUCCUCCGUAUCCGGCCCUCUCCCUGCGAAUGUGAAAGGGGAACAAUCGCUACCCGAACGCCUCGAGCCAGGAAGAAUGGACGUAGACCCCACCAGGGGUGCAGACGCGACAGACGGCGUGGCCCCAGACGUCCGGGAGGAAAUCGAACAGCGGUGGCAUCAGGUGGAGACGACGCCGCUAAGAGAAGAGAGGCAGGUGCCCAUAUCCACAGCUAUGGGCGCCGCCGAGCGACUGCCUGCACACGAGCUUGCUGCGCUGCUGGACAAGGAGUUGGGACAGAAGCAGAGGGAGCUGGACCGACUUCAGGAGCAGAAUAACCUGCUGAAAGAGCAACUGGAAGACGCGCUGGGGAGGGAGCAUAGUGCCAGGGAAGGAUACGUCCUGCAGAGUGCAACACCAUCUUCCUCGUCGCCACGCAAAGUGCCGUGGCAGCAGCUCCACAAGCUCAACCAGGACCUGCAGGGCGAGCUGGAGUCCCAAAAGCGCAAGCAGGACGUCGCUCAGCAGCAGAUCCGCACGCUGAGGCGGAGUUACACCGAAGCCCAGGACGCCGUGGACCGCCACGAGGCCGACGUUCAGGCCCUGCAGGCCAAGCUGGCGUCUGCCAUGGAGGAAAUCCUGGCCGGCGAACAGGCCGUGGCUCGAAUGCGCAACGAGCUCAAGCUGGAACAGGAGCGCUCGAAGGAGCAGGAGGAGGAGUACGGCCGCAACGAGGCCACCUUACGAGCCCAGCUGAAGGACAGCGAAGACAGACUCCGGGAAGUCGAGGCGAGCCUCUUGGAGAGAAGCCAGGCCCUCAGGCAGCUGGAGCGCCAGCAGGCCCUGCAACGGGACCACAUGAAGGAGAUACAGAGGUUGCAAGAGAGGCUGCAGGAGGUAACGGCUCGCCUCGCCGCUACCGAGGAGGCUCAGCUGCUGAAGGAGGAGCGUCUGAGGAGCGAGCGCCGCGGCCUGCAGGAGAAACACGAGCGGGAGAGGCAGAGUCUGUGCAGGAGGCUGGCCGAGGCCGAAGCUGCACAGAAGGAGCUGGAGGAGAGGUUGUUGGAGGCGGAGCAGCAGGUGGAGGCCCUGCUGAGAGGGAGGCGGGCCUCGGGGGAGAAGGAGUACAAGGAGGAAAUGUCGAAGAUGCAGGAGCAGCUAGCCCUAAAGAGCGACACGGUGGAGACGCUGAGGGAAAGCGUGCGACGGCUGGAGGAGGAGAAGGGCCGGCUGACCUGCCGCUGCCAGGAGCUUCUCAACCAGAUCACAGAGGCCGACCGCGAGCUGAGCAAGCUGCGCAGCCGUCUGGAGAUCGAAGAGGCGGACUACUGCACCCUGGAGCAUUCCUACGAGAGGGCCACCCAGGAGUUCCAGAAGAUGAGCCAGUUCCUUAGAGAGAAAGAAGACGAGAUCAAGCAGACCAAAGAGAUGUACGAACGGCUGAUGGAGCGUAAAGAGGAGGACCUGAAAGAGGCUCUGGUCAAAAUGACGGCGCUCGGCUCCAGCUUGGAGGAGACCGAACAGAAACUGCAAGCAAAAGAGGUGCUUCUCUGUGAAAUGAGUCAAAGUCUCAGCGGCAACGCCGACUCCUGCGACGCUGGCGAGGAUCUGCAGGCCAAACUUGUGGUUGCAGAGGACCGCAUCGCCGAGUUGGAGACGCACCUCACCGCCCUGCAGCUCGGCUACGCCGGCCUGUGCUCGGAGGGGCAGCCGGUCUCAGACCAGGACAAAACAUCGUCUCCCUCGUCGUCCAACACAGACGACUCCUACAAGACGGAGAACUCCUCCGACGAGAAGGAGUCGGAGGCCAAGAGACCGAGGAUACGGUUCUCGAGCAUUCAGUGCCAGAAAUACGGCGAAACGAGUGACCCAGACGUCCAAUCAGCUGACAGAAACGUCUCUGAGAUCUCGCUCUGCCACACCAGCGACCCAGAGAAGUUCAUCGCCAUCAUCCACGCGCUGGAAACCAAGCUGCUCGCCACCGAGGAUAAGCUGAGGAACCUCACACAGAACCUGGACGUGCAGCGAGCCGCAGACGCCGCAGACGCGUCGUCGUCUGACCCAGAGAUGACGGGAGGCGUGCCUUCCUCAGCAGAGGAGGUCACAGGUGACGGGAGCGAGACGAGGAGCGGUUCUGCCCUCCAGCAUUACACCAGCGCCUUGGCGUGCGUUGAGAACGGCCGGGAGAAGGUGAGGGCUAUACUCAGCGGCUCCCGUGGCGCCGCAGACUUACUCUCGCUCUCGGAGAUAGAGAGGAAUCUGUUCAGUGCCUCUCUGCACAUCAGACAAGGCCAGACGGCGUCCGAGGAGACGUCUCCGGCCGAUCAUGCUGGACUCCAGGAGGGCGGAGCGACGGGCGUAGACAAACCCGCCGCGUUUAACGCCUUCGUCAAAGCGGAGAUCGCCUACUCGGUGGAAAACCUUAAACUUUCCUACGACGAACGAUUCAAACUACUCAAAGGGGAGUUGGCUGACGCCCACAAUAGGCUUCAUCAAAGGGAAACGUCUCUUAAAGCGAUUAUUGACGCUUCAAAAAGACCCGAUUUAAAGUCCGUAAUCAAGGAUGUGAAGAAGGAGCUUGGUAUUGGCAAACGGCGGCUAGCAGACGUUCGGCCUCCGGAACUCGCGCCCUACAUGGAGCAGAUUGAGACGGAGGAAGCCAGAGAUCUGGCAGAGGAAGUGGUCGACAGACACCUGGCAGCGGUGAUGCCUUCAUGCGGUGAUCGGUCUGUCGAGUCGUUUCGAAACACUCACGCCAACCUGGCUGACGAGCUCCAGAGACAAGCGGGAAUCCUGCAGAGGUUCGCCGAGGAGAUAGAGAGCGGCGGAAGCAACCCGGCGCUGUGUGAAAUGAUCCAGGCUGUUUUAGGGCACCGGGCGUCCCGUGAUCUCACCAGUGCCUCUCUCUGUAUGCGUGAAGCCCUCACACAGGCCCAGGUGACCUACGUGGCAUGCAGGCUACGGGCCGUGCACGAGCAAGAGAUGCGCUCGUGUCGGCAGACCGGCGAGAAUAUGGAAGCCCUGGCGCGGCAGCACGCCUCCAAAGUCGCAGAAAUCCAAGAAAAAUACGAGCGUUCUCUGCGAAAGGAGCAAGAGAGCUUCAAUCGAACCAUGGCGUCGCUCCAGAGGGAGAACGAGGCGCUGAGGGGGGAGCUCAGCGAGCGCGUGAACCAGCUCGGCCUGCAGGCGGAGCAGGUGGCCCUCCUGGAGGAGCGUUUCCGCCGGGAGAGCGACGAGCUGCAGGAGAAGUGUGAAAGCGAGCUGAGCCACGCGGAGCAGCGGCACGCCUCCACGGAGCUGGCCCUCAUGGAGACGGCGGCCGACUGUCGGCGAAAGCUGGAGGUCCUCCUGGCGGACGUGGACGCCGUGGAGGAGCGUCACGGCAGCCACGUCAGGAGGCUGCAGGAGGAGUUUGAGGACAGGAUCGUCGAGCUCCAGCACGUUCACAAAGAGGAGCUGGAUAAGUUGCGUUGCCAGUAUGCGGAGAGCGUUCAGAGUGCCAGGGAACGCCCUGAAGACGAGGAGACGCGGAUGGAGGAGGAAGAGCAGGGGACGAGGGCGGAGGAUGCACGAAGCGUGUCGGAGGUGGACUCCAUGACGGUUCUGAAGGAGCGGAUCCAGGAGCUGGAGACUCAGAUGAAUAGCAUGAAGGACGAGCUGGAGAACAAGCACCUGGAGGGAGAUGUGGCCGGCCUGAGAGAGAAAUACCAGAGAGACUUUGACAGUCUUAAGGCCACAUGCGAGCGUGGUUUUGCUGCGAUGGAAGAAACCCACCAGAAGGUGGUGGAAGACCUCCAGCGGCAGCACCAGAGGGAGAUCUCCAAACUGCUGGAGGAGCGAGAAAGACUGCUGGCCGAAGAGACUGCUGCUACUAUUGCUGCUAUCGAAGCGAUGAAAAACGCACACAAGGAGGAGCUGGAGAAGAACCAGCGCUCCCAGCUGAGCGGCCUGAACUCAGAUAUUGACGAGCUGCGCCUGCAAUAUGAGGAAGAGCUGCAGUCCAUCCAGAGAGAACUGGACGUUUUGUCCGAGCAGUACUCCCAGAAAUGUCUGGAGAACGCUCACCUGGCCCAGGCGCUGGAGGCGGAGAGGCAGGCCCUGCGUCAGUGUCAGCGAGAGAACCAGGAGCUCAACGCUCACAACCAGGAGCUCAACAACAGACUGUCGGCAGAAAUCACGCGCAUGCGCUCGUGUUUCAGCGGAGAAACGGCUCUCUCGCCGCUUACGCACGGCAAAGACGUGUAUGAGCUAGAGGUGCUGCUACGGAUAAAGGAGUCGGAGAUUCAGUACCUCAAGCAGGAAAUCCACUCGUUGAAGGAUGAGCUGCAGUCUGCUUUGAGGGACAAGAAGUACGCCACGGACAAAUAUAAGGACAUCUACACGGAGCUGAGCAUCGUGAAGGCAAAGGCGGACUGUGAUAUCAGCAAACUGAAGGAGAAGCUGCUCAUGGCCACAGAAGCUCUGGGGGAGAGGACUAGUGAAGGAGUUACAUCUGGAUACGACAUCAUGAAGUCAAAAAGUAACCCAGAUUUCAUGAAGAAAGAAAAGUCAACCGCCUCCAAGCCGUUGAGAGGCCUGAGAUCAAAGAGCCUGAAAGAGGGACUGACUGUGCAGGAACGCAUGAAGCUUUUUGAGGCUAAAGACUCCAGGAAGAUUUGAAUUUGUGGAAAAUCUCAGAUUUCCUCUUCUGUCUGAAAUUCAUCCAAAAAAAUGCCAUUCUUCCAAGCUGUCGUAUUAUUUGAUUAUUUGCAUCCAGAUUAUAAAUCCUGGUAUUUUAUCUUUUUUUUUUAUAUCACAUUCAUAAUCUGUCCAAAUUAGAGAUGAGGAAAAAACCUCAAGAGGGAUUAAUUACAGCAUCACUUUUUCCCCUCAGUUCUCCUAAAUGCCAAAACACACAAACGACACAGUAUGAAUAACAUGUAAUUAGCAGUAUGAAUAAUCUGCUGUUUUUAUUCUUGUUACAGUGUUUAUAUCUAAUGGUUUUACUGUGUUUGCUGUUGCACCAGUCGAGCUGUACGUAACUACUGGAUGUGUGUGGUGGCGAAUCGCUGAGGCGUCUGCUGUACGUCUGGCUGGAGUGACGGAUGAAAGGCUCUGUGAUGCUUCUGCUGGUGUUUUCCAGACGAGUGUGUCUGCGUGUGAUGGAGAUGUAAAAUAGGGCGGAGGUUCUCAGAUUGCACUUACCACUUGACUACUGGAGAAAGCUUGUUUUUUUGUUUUUUUUUUUUAGCUGAAAUUAGUGUAGUGACUACAGAUUGGUUAUUGCAGUGCAACCAAACACGCUGACCCGUGUCAUAUUCAGUGAAAAGGAGUUUUCUUGUGAUGAUUGAUUUCUAAUUACCAUUUUUUUUAAA